UCAUGCCCAGAGGAAAAAAGAGUAAGGCCCGUGCUCGAGAGAAACGUCGUCAGGUCCAAGAUGAGACCCAUGGGCUAAACGAUGCUCUGGCAAAGGCAGCAGAGAAGGAAGAGUCACCGGCCUGCUCUGAUCAAGGUUCAGGAAAUGCUAAGCCAAGCAAUUGUCCUGCUGGAUUCCCACAGGGUAAGGCACCCACCAUCACUGCUAGUAAAGGUGUGGAUUGCAAAAGGUCAGGUAAAGGUGCAAAGGGCCAAGAAGAGAGAAACGGGAGUUCUUUUAGGGCUCCACAACCCAGUGAAAGCAUACAGAUGGACUUUUUAUCAAGGAAGACAGGAAUGCUAGUGGAGUACAUGCUCUGCAAGUACAAAAUUAAACAGCCUGCAAAGAGGGGAGAAAUGCUGAAAAUUAUCAACAAAAGGUUCAAGGAGCACUUUCCUGAGAUCCUCAAGAAAGCUUCAUAUCGAUUGGAUCUGGUUUUUGGCCUUGAGUUGAAAGAAGUCCAGCCACAUGGUCAAUCCUACAUGCUUAUCAGCAAGCUAGAUUUCGAGGAUGAUGGAAGUAGGAGCACUGAGUUCGGUCUUCCCAACAGGGGCAUUCUGGUCCCCCUCCUAAGUGUGAUCUACUUAAAUGGCUACUGUGCCCCAGAGGAGGAGGUCUGGGACUUCCUGGAUAUGCUAGGAGUCCAUGAUGGGGUCCCACAUCUCAUCUUUGGGGAUAUCAGAAAGCUCAUUACUGAAGAUCUAGUGCAGGAAAAGUACCUGGUAUACCGUCAGGUUCCCAACAGCGAUCCUCCAUCCUAUGAGUUCCUGUGGGGUCCUAGAGCCUAUGCUGAAACCACCAAGAUGAAGGUGAUGGAGUUUUUAGCUAAGGUUAAUGAAACCAUGCCUGGUGCUUACUCAUCUCGUUAUGAGCAGGGUUUGAUUGAAGAGGAAGAGAAAGCCCAAGCCAAAAUUGCAGCCAAGCCUGGCACUAAGGGCAAGGGACGUACUAAGACUAAGUUGGACAAUCCUACUCACAAGUGAGAUAUAAGGUAGCUUCUGCAAUGUGAUUGAAAAGGUCUGUUCAUCUUUUUGCAAACAAGUUGUUGAUAAAGUUUUGGGGGUCUUUUAGCAAAGUAUUAACUUGGAAUUAAAAUGUAUACAGAUAACAUUUUGUAGACUGCCUUCACUGCUGUUUGUCAAGUUGAAUGUUGACAUUUUGAAAUACAAAUUAGAAUUUUGCAUAUAACUUUGGUGGUGCUACAUGAAAGUUCAUGGCAUUUAUGGAGGAAGAAUCUUGGAGAUAGGAAAAUAUUUGAAAAUGUCCAAGAAAGAAAGUCAGUCAUUUGUUGUUUACUCCGUUACUUUUUUCAAACUUAGAGAUGUAUACUUGUUUUUGAUAUUAAAGAAUGAAUGAGAAAUUCAA